AUGACGAUCCAAUCCCAUGUCAUGUUCUCCCUCUUCUUAUAUUCCUCUUUCCAGGCCAAAAUGGACAAUCAGGUCAUUGGCUAUAAGGACUUGGCAGCCAUCCCCAAAGACAAGGCGAUACUGGACAUCGAGAGGCCGGACUUAAUGAUCUACGAACCCCAUUUCAAUUACACGCCUCUGGAACUAUCGGAGGUGCCCCGAAGCAGAGAGGUCAUAGGGCACAGCACACCACCCUCCAUCAUCAUAUUACAGCAUUAAGGGUUUCCUCUCUAUUCUAAUGGAUAUCCUUCGCUUGUUUGGAAUGGCCCUAUUGUAUUCAUGAUGUAUUUACAUGAUUAACAGUAAAGUAUAAUGGUAGUUUUUGUCUGUCCUACUACGACACAAGUGGUGUUCUAUCAAGACAAACAUAAUGUAAUUGUCAUUGACUACACUUUUUUAGCUAUUACCUCGCUGUGUGUGAUAAGAUACAUCUCCUCUAUAUAUAGGCUAUAUACAAUAUAUGCAUUAAUAUAUACUCGCAUAUGCAUAUCUAUCAAACAAUAUAUAUGAUUGCACCAUUGAAAUGCAGGGCAGGUACAUUUUGUCUGUUUGGCCUGCGUGUAGAGAUCUCUUCCAUGCAAACACUUAGGCUGUGCACCAAUUGGCACCUUAUUAUAUAGUGCACUACUUUUGACCAGAGCCCUAUACUAUAUAUGGAAAAGGGUGCCAUGUGGGACACAGACUUAUUGAGUUCAAUGGAACUCAAUAAGGACUUUUGAGAAAGCCCUGUGCUGCUAAGCAUUGUGAUGUGAUCAGAUUUAGUCAUUUCUCUCUGUCUUGCGUAAUGAAACUGUCCUGAUUAGGCCUGUAACACUGUCUGUCAAACAGUGUCUGUGUCUCACUAAGCCCACAAAGGAGAAUGCAGCCUUGGGAGAAAAUACAACUGAUCAAACAGCCUUCUCUUUCCUUUCUCUCCUUCAGAGGUCCAUGUCUCCGCGUUCCUUCUCCCACCCGGCCUCUCCUGAGGUAAGAUGAAUGGAUGGCGUCUGUGCUCUCGGAUGGAGAAUAAUUUGAGCUGUUAAUCGUCAGUCCACUGCCCAGUACCCCAUGAAGAGCUCUCUCUCCUCUCCUCUCCUCUCCUCUCUCCUUCUCAUAUGGUCACACACACACCUACUGUUUGUAAUUAUGUAAUCGUUGUUGAAAGGUUUUGUGCUCCACUGGUAUGGUUAAAAACACACUCACACACACACUUAAGUGGUAAUGCCCUCGAAGCCGGUGUUUGGAGGAUAUAUUGGCACACGUCUCGGGCCGGCAAACUGUGCCAAUAUAUCCUCCAAACACCGGCUUCGAGGGCAUUAUCGCUUUUAUACAACGGGUUACCAACAUAUUCAAAUAAUGAUUGACAUAUUUUCAUUAAAAACGUUAUUUUGAUGAAUUUAUUCAUACUAUUUCAUCCUUCCAUGAGAUAUAGUCCCUACACAAAUCUAGGGUUGCUACCCAAGCCGGCUGGUCAGUCGUUCUAUCAGUUCGGUUGCCAGAGACGUGACCCAGUCAUUAAGUAUUUUUGUUCUAAAUGUUUGUCCUAAGUAGUUCAUUCUAAAUGUUCCGUUGCCAUGAUGGCUGGCAAAGUUCUUAUCCCUUGCUUGCUAGCUAGCCAACCUUGGCUAACAGAGUCAAUUCAAACAGUGCAGCCAGAAUAACAGCAAAGUAGCUGCGUUUGCGUUUGUUUAAGCUGUUUUCGAGUGAUUUUUUUGUAUACAUCCAUAACAAUGAGCUAAUGAUGUGCGAUUUCACCAGGCCACUGCUCAGAAGAGAUAGCCAACUACACAGCUAACACAAUCACUUCAAACUGAAGCUGGAAUGACAGCAUACUAGCUGCAUUUCCUGUUUCUCAAAAUUAUGCCGAUUCAUGAUUUCGACUGGCUGAGAAAAAGCUGCCAGCCAGUCUCUCGUCCCAACUACCAACAUUUUCAUUACCAUAGGACAGCUGGAGAUCGAAUUUCAAUAUUGAAACACUGUUGCGAAUGUCGGAGAGACAGACAGCAAGGUUAUUACAAAUCUCCACAGUUGAAAACCAAAUGCUAGUCUAAAAUAAAUUGGAAAUAAUGUCUAGAUGCUUUUUACAGUGUAGAUCUAGUAUAUAAAUUGCAUGGCUGGGCUUAUGAGACAGUGGAUUGCGCAAUCAGAUGCAACAGAGUAAAUAGGCAUUUCAACUUCAUAGAUUUUUUUAUCGGCUGGAAUGCGGUUUUAACCAAUCAGCAUCCAGGAUUAGACCCAUCCGUUGUCUAAAAGCCCACGACUCUACACAAGCACGUUUACAAAAAGCAGUAACCAUGGGAACAAUGAGCAUCUGUUACACUCUUAUUGUUUGCUGUGACCUCACUGGCUCCUUCACUCAGGGACGAAAUCUAAUGUACACAGAACCCUCAUUUUCAUGCACUUUCCAAAUGUGUGUUUGGGUUACAGUUUGGAUCUCAAUUAGGAUCUGGACAGUAAUGUUAAUCUCAUGUGUCCCUAGACUAUUCUAUUCAAGGAUCCCAGGGAGUGGCUGGAGAGCAGGGAGUCACCUGGAGGGUCAUCACCAGGUUCAACCCUCCAGCUCAAAACCAGCUCUGCCUUAGCCACGGUCACCGCCACCAAGCUCCCCACGCAGCACUUUCACAGGCCAGGUAUUGUAAUCCAUCAGCACACUUAACCUCUUCUCUUCUCUGCUAUUUCCUCUGCGCUUUUCUCUUCUCUUCUCUGCCCUGCUCUGCUUUUCAUCUGGGACUAAUGUCCAUUUUGAUUUGAUAUUUUCAUUGCAGAUAAUGGAAUGAAUAUAUACAAGAAGCCACCAAUUUACAAACAAGGUAUUUCAUGCAACUUCAUGAUGUGUGUGUGUGUGUGUUGACAGUUUAGUAAUUUACUGUAUGCUGGCAUAAUAUUUUACAUUAAAAGGUAACAUUGGAUGUUCUGUGCACAUUUACUGUAUAUUUCAUUGUGUUUGUGUGUGUGUGUCUAUGUAGAUGCAUUAGCAUCCACCCCCCAGGGGAAACACAUAGAGGAUCUCAUCAUCGAGUCAUCUAAAUUCCCUGCUGCCCAGCCACCUGAUCCCAACAAACCCUCCAAGAUUGAGACAGAUUACUGGCCCUGCCCCCCCUCCCUGGCUGCAGUUGGUAUGUCUUGCACUAUUAAUAACACAACUGUGAAUAGUAAUGAAUAGGGUUGCAAAGCUCCCGGUAUUUUAACAAAGUAACUGGAAUCUUCUGUAAUUUUGGUAAUUGACAGGUAAUCUAUGACAAUCUAUGGUAAUUUUGGUCAUUUAUACAUGAAGAACUUUAAAUAGAAAAAUGUAUUCAUAUAUAGUAUCAUUUUUUUAUAUCUGUGUCCAUAUUGUCCAUGAGUUUCUAGUGGAUAGACCAUAUGGUUCAAGAGAAAAUAGCCAAAUGAAUGGAAAAAGCAUCUAAUCAAUAAUGGCAUUCUUUUUUAUUAACUCUGCAACUCUUCCAAGUAUUUACUUUUUUUACAACUGCCACCAGUUUGGCGCCAAAACAUUUACAACAAAACACACUGACAUAGUAAAAUAAACGUGUAAAAAAAUAUAUAAAGGAUAUUUCAUGUUGAAACCCUCAUAUUAAACACCAAUCGUAUUCAAUAAGUUGAUGGUUUAUAUUUAGGAUAAUGUUUUACAGCUUUGUCAUUCUGUUUUUUAUUUUAAAAUCAUCUUAUUUUAAAAUGUUAUAUAUUUUACAUGUGAUAAGGCCACACAGAGGGCCAAAGAUAAUUACAGACGCCUGUGAUAAUCUGAAGUACCCAAAAAGGCCACUACAUGUCAUCUUAUAAAAUUCCCCCAAAUCUUGAAAGUUACCAACAUUCUGGUAGUUUACUGGUAAACUUUGAAAGUUCCCAGUAAUAUACCCUCCCUUUGCAACCCUAGUAGUGAACGAUCCCAGCCAGCAAGCACUUAUAAAACACUGGUGGCUAUGAGGCAGCACACCACUGUAGGUACAGUAAGCUGGUAAGCUGAUAUCGGACCAGUUUCGCUAACCGCCAUGGUGGCAUGCCUCUAGCAGCCCAACAGCACACCGACCAUCAUUAACUCGUCCUAUCCGACAGUUGAUGCUGCUCUUAGCUUGAAGUGUCGACUACUGCUGUGAAGCUGAUGGGCAAAAUUGGCAGUGGGCUGCUAACUUUGCCGACCGCGGGCCGCUGAUGAGCUACUAAGCUUCCAAUGAGGAGGGAUAGUAAGGGUUGGUAGUGGAGAGUGAUAGUGUAAUAGAGCUUAGUAGUACCAGGGUUUCCUCUAACACUUGCCUCCCCUCUACCACAGAGACAGAGUGGAGGAAGAAGGCUGAGACCCAGAGGAGGGAGGAGGGAGAGAGGGAUGAGGAGGACGAAGAGUAUGACGAUGGAGAUCUGUCCGAUGAUAUGUGGGGACUACGGCAACUGCAGAAGCAGGAGCUCAACAAAGUACGGAACAGGUUUUAUUUGUAACAAAUUCUCCCAAAUGUGGCUACUGCACACACUUACAGCGCCUUGCAAAAGUAUUCAUCCCCCUUGGCGUUUUUCCUAUUUUGUUGCAUUACAACAUGUAAUUUAAAUUGAUUUUUAUUUGGAUUUCAUGUAAUGGACAUACACAAAAAGUGGUGCGUGCAUAUGUAUUCAUAUUCACCAAGGAGCUCUCCAAACAGGUCAGGGACAAAGUUGUGGAGAAGUACAGAUCAGGGUUGGGUUAUAAAAAAAUAUCAGAAACUUUGAACAUCCCACGGAGCACCAUUAAAUCCAUAAUAAAAAAAUUGAAAGAAUAUCGCACCACAACAAACCUGCCAAGAGAGGGCUGCCAACCAAACUCACGGACCAGGCAAGGAGGGCAUUAAUCAGAGAGGCAACAAAGAGACCUAAGAUAACCCUGAAGGAGCUGCAAAGCUCCACAGCGGAGAUUGGAGUAUAUGUCCAUAGGACCACUUUAAUCCGUACACUCCACAGAGCUGGGCUUUAUGGAAGAGUGGCCAGAAAAAAAGCCAUUGCUUAAAGUAAAAAAUAAGCAAACACGUUUGGUGUUCGCCAAAAGGCAUGUGGGAGACUCCCCAAACAUAUGGAAGAAGGUACUCUGGUCAGAUGAAACUAAAAUUGAGCUUUUUGGCCAUCAAGGAAAACGCUAUGUCUGUUGUAAGGCAACAAAAUAGGAAAAAUGCCAAGGGGGGUGAAUACUUUCGCAAGCCACUGUACGUGUUUUCUAAGUGUUAUCUUAACAGUUUUCUUGAGUGUAACUCAAUGAUAGUGGUCGCUCGUGUGGUGACGUGACUUACUUUAAUGUACAGUAUGACUGUUAUUUAUCGAAUCACCCUAACUAUGUUUAAUUGUCACUCGAUUAAAUUAAUCAUGUAACAAUUAACUCAUUAGGAAUUUGGGGCACCUCGGAAGAAGUUGUUUAACGAGUUACCAUCUCCCGAAUUAAACUCUUAGAAGAUAUAUAUAUGUUAUAUAUAUCGAUAACAGUCACUUAUUAAAUAAUUACCUCUUAUCAGUCUCAUUCUGAACGUCACAUAAUCCUUGAACCUGCAAGAACCCUAACCUAAUCAGCAAUACACAAAUUGUCUUAAUUAUUUAUUUACUAACUAACUAAAUAAUAACACAAUACAAACACACACAUAGGUUAUUGAUUACAAACGUAAUACAAUGAAAACAGAUCCCUAGUGGACUGGACUAACAAUAGCAUGAAUGCUUGGGUAGAAGAAGGAUCAGAGUGGAAGGGAGAGACAGAGAUUCAAACUAUCGUGGUUACUUUGGAAACUACGCUCACGGAAAUACAAAUGCUUAAAAAUAAUCUCUGUGUUAACAAAGGGGUCCUUUCUCCCAAUACUUCAUGGCAAGGAAGAGAAAGUCUGCACGGUAUUUACGACCGGUCAUAAAACUGGCCCCCAGGAGAGGGGGUGUUCAAACCUUUGCCUAGCGGCAUCUUUGACCCUCAGCCCAUGAGGGCAAAUCAUGACACUUGUAAAACCUUUUGACAUUCUAUAUGUCUACCCUUCAGAUUCAGUCGAACUUGGGAAAGAUCAUCUUGAAAGAGGAGCUGGAUAAAGCUGUGCCUAUCCGCAGAAAAACUUGCUCACUGCCUGACCGGACAGCAAUGCACAUGGGUGAGAGAGAGGCAGAUUCACUUUGUGUCCAUUAGUAGUAUGUUUCUCAACCUUUUGUGUACAAGAGACCAGGAAACUAAGGUCCUUCUUCCUUGA